AAAACUGUUCAAACUCUUUUAUUUUUAAGAUAAUCUAAUUUAAUUGUAUUCCCAAGAAUAACGAUAUGUUAACAUUUCACCGUAUUAUAGAGUAUAUUCUCUGCUCAUAGUUCAAGCAAUGGAAGAGCACUCAGGAACAAGUGUUGAUCAGCCCUCCUCCAGAUGUACAGGUUGUAUGAAGUGUACCCGACAGGGAGCCUCCUUUAUGCUCUCCCACAUUGGUCUUCUCUCCCUAGUGGUGGGAUACUGUAUCAUUGGAGCAUUCAUUUUUGAGGUAGUUACAGAAACCUUGAGAAAGUUUGAGAAAUCUUUGAUAAUUUCUCUCAAGGAGAAAGGCUGGGACGGAAAAGAAGAGGAAUCAACGGUUACUUGGAGUUUCACUGGAGCACUCUUCUACUCCAUUACAGUAAUCACAACAAUAGGAUAUGGACAUAUAGCUCCUAGAACUCCAGUUGGUAAAGUUGUAACAAUAUUCUACGCAAUACUCGGAAUACCUCUAACAGUUCUCUGUUGGUCAAAUAUCGGAGAUGCAAUGGCAAAUGCGUUCAGGUUUACAUACUGGAAGAUAUGUUGCUAUGUUUACACAAAGAAAACAAAGAAGAGAAGGAAAAGAAUGCUCAGCAGACAUAGAGCAAUGUCAACUCGGCAUCCCCCGAGUGUAUCAAGAAGAAAAUCUGUAAGAUCUAGAGUACAGAGACCUUCACAAAAAUAUCUAGACAGCAGACAUUAUGAGUUGUCUGUAGCAGGAAUUGAAGGGAAGAUGCCAGGAUGGGAAGAUGGUAAAUCAAGCCUAGGGGGAGGGGAGGGUAAAUCUCCUCCUGUAUUUGAUGGUAAACCUAUCCUCAUGUACGAUGGUAAGGUUUCUGAAGGGAAAACUGUACUGCUGCCGCCCAACCAGGUUCCUGAACUAAGCGGGGUAGGCCCUGGCAGGUCCGAAAACUCAGCGGAAGAUAAUAACCUAAACUUCGUGGUUCAGUGUGAAGCUGCUCCUCCGGCAGAGUCUGGCGGAAACCAAGAACCCCCGAAAAGUCCUAAAGUAUCGACUCCUCUGGUGGAAUUAUCGGAGAAAUUAGAAAUCAAAGAUCCGGAGAAAGCUUCUGUUAAAAUCUCCGAGAAGGCUGGGGAGAGAAUGAGGGAGGUGUCGGACAAGAUGAUAAAUAAGAUAAAAAGCGCUAAAAAAUCCGCAAAUCUCUCAUUGGAUUUUGAUCCCAAGAAGCUGGAAAUAUACAGGACGCCCCCUGACACGGAAAUAUCUAUCGGAGCCUCUCCCACAGGAGAGGACAUGAAAGGGUUAAACGCUAGAGCUAGAGCUAUCCUAAGGGCUGAGAGGGACUCUCAGAAGUCCCAAGGACAGAGAGUAGCAAGAGUUAAUGAUGAGUAUGACGACCAAUCAUAUUAUGAGGAGUACUACUAUGACGAGAGUGAGGAUGAUCUAGAUGAGGUCUCUAAGCGUCCUGUUCCUAUUCUUCUCUCCAUCCUACUUGUCGUAGCUUACAUCGUGGGAGGAGCAUUCCUAUUCCAGAUGUGGGAGGGAUGGUCAUUCUUAGACAGUGCUUAUUUCUGCUUCAUCACUUUGACCACGAUUGGUUUUGGUGAUCUCACUCCAGACCAGAAGAAUGUCGAUGGAGAACAGAGGAUCGCGCUGUGCUCUAUCUACCUGCUGUUUGGAAUCGCUAUGAUCGCGAUGAGCUUCAACUUGGUGCAGGAAGAGGUGAUUAGCUCGGUAAAAUCGGUCGGCAAAAUGCUCGGGAUCGUCAAGGAUAAUGAUGAUGAGGAGGACUAUUAAAAGGCUGAUGUAAUUAUCCUCUGAUAACCCUUUAAAGGGACUGUAAGCGUAUACUUAAUUGGCCCAUUUCAAGAUGGGUAUCACAUCACAUCGAUUCACAAGGGUACCCUUUAAACCUUUGAGUUUUAGCUAAUGUCAGAUAUCCUUGUUAAUCUACUGAAAUGCUUUUAAUCGUAUAACACUUUGUUAGAAAACUCUUAUAUAUUUUUAAAUAAUAAAUAUUUACUUUUUAGAAGUGAUAAAAAUAAGAAUUUACUUUCAAAUGUUUGAAAACCGAUUUGAACGAAAAAAGACGACAUUUUCAAGGAACUCUAUAGUAACGAAACAUCUGUGUUGAGUUCACGCAGCGAUCACCGGGUUUUAAAACAGUUAUUUAAAGAUUUACACACAGAGCUCUCGCUACUCGGUGAACACACAAAGGUUUAAAGGAUACCGUUGUAGAUCAGGCAUAGCACUCACUGCAUGGAGGGUUACUUGAAACUACACUUACAGUCCCUUUAUUACCCACUAAUUGCCCUGUAAUUACUCUUUAAUUACCCUGUAAUUACUCUUUAAUUACCCUGUAAUUACUCUUUAAUUACCCUGUAAUUACUCUUUAAUUGCCCUGUAAUUACUCUUUAAUUACCCAGUAAUUUCUCUUUAAUUACCCUGUAAUUACCCUCUGAUUACCCUUAAAUAAACCACAAUGAUAUUGUAUUUUGAAGACAGUAUUUUAUUUGUAGUUAUUUAGAUUUUGUUAUAUUUGAAAUGAUGAAUAAAAAGAUAAAUACAAAAAAUUAGAAACCAUGAAUUUUGUAUGGAUUGGACAAUGACGUAGCCAUGGUCGUGUUUUAAAGAAAUAUAUUACAAUAAGGAACAAUUAGGAAAUCGGAGUUAAAGAAACUGAUUCCAUCUUAUCUGUGUACUAAAUGAGAUUUUUUACACAAUUUACGCCUUUAAGUGUAUUAUUUUUUUCAGAGCAUCAUUUUUUUCCUUGAUAAGGGACUCAGAAACAUAAGCUUUAUUAACUACUAGCUUGGGAACCCAGCGUUGCUCAGGGUAGUCAUUGUUACUCCCGUCGUUGGUCAUCAAUUUCGGUUUUAGCUAUUUUCCUGAUAAAACCUACUCAAUCUAGAAGCUGUAAACCAAGCUAAGACCAUUCCCAAGUUCCCCAAUCUGAGUUCGAGGCAAAUUUAUUCAGGGGUUCCUGAGUUAUGAUCGGACAAACAGAGAUUAUAAAGUCAUAUAGAUACAAAUUAAAAGAUUCAGAAGAGGAGUUUCAAAAUGUAUCUGAGGGACACGGAAUACUUUUGUCUUUUUAAGGACCUUUGAAAGCUAUUUAUUUAGCCCUAUUUUGUCCCCUGAAACCUGUACGUGAUUUCUGCUAUUAAAUGAGCUUUCUCAAUUUUGAUGACAAAAAUGUACCAUAAUAGGCUUUUGCGCCCAUCUUCUAUUUAAAUUGUGAACAUGUUCUUCUUGUUUACAUUUUAAAACAAAGAAGAAAAA